GUCCAACCUUGGGGAAUUUUUGCAGAUUUUGAAAGAACAAAUGUCCAAGGAACUCAACUGCUAGCUGACAUUCUGAAAUCACUUCCGGCAGCCGUUGAUCCACCACGUCUUGUUCACAUUUCUUCAUUCACUGCAAAAAUAGCCAAUCAUAUUCCAGUAGAUGAAUUACCUGAUUGGGCACCAUAUUCUAAGUCUAAAUGUUUAACUGAGGUCCUGCUUCGGGAUUCGCAACUUCACAAUUUGGUUAUUCUUCGACUAGGUUGGUUAUGGGGAAAAGAUGAUAAUGUGCUCCUACCGCUGUUAUAUCGUCUACAAAAAAAUCCCAUUUGGAAAAUUUGCCCUACUGCAUGUCCACUCUCUAUUCACUACAUCACAAACGCGUGUGAAUCAAUAUAUUGCGCAAUGACAGCCGAAAAAAUCCCAUCGCUGAUUUAUGAGUUCAAAGAUCGCGAAGGCGAUAUGGAGAUUGAGGAUUUCAUAGAGAUGUAUGUUGGUGCUGCGUAUGAUGUGAAAAAAGUGCCACGUCCAUUUAACAUAAUUCGAGCGCCGCGAUCUUUGGUUUUCGGUUUUUUCACGUUGGUGGAAUGGAUACCAUUCUUAGGAUAUGGUACCGCAUGGGUUUUCGAUGGGUUCAGCAGAGAACCUUUGCAUCUUUCUCAUCAUGAUUAUCGAUUGAAUAAUGAAAAGGCGAUAAAUGAACUUGGAUAUGUUGCCAAGGUUUCAAGAGAAGAAGGAAUAAAUGAAUUGAUGGAAAAGAGAAAAAUGCAAAACUCUAAUAAUACUAGUGCUAGUGACUAA